AUGGCGCAAGAAAACAGUAAUUCCACAAUGGAGAUGGGGACUAGUGAUCAGGUACUGGUGGCGACCAAGAAGAAGAAGACCCUGACAUUUAUUAUUGGUGCUAUAGCAAUGUUGGUCGCUAUAGGAGUAGUGAUAACUCUCGUAGUUGUUCUCUCGGGUAACGAAGGUGGAACAGCAGAACCCAUUAUAACAACAGAAGGACCUACUACCCCAAUAACUACAACAACUACUACGUCAACAUCAACAACAACAACGACAACAACAACAACAACUACUACAACAACUGAAGCACCUAUCACGGAACCGCCGAUAGACCAGAUAGAACUAGAAGAUAUAAUAAAUGGAGUUUAUGCAGCGCCUUCCUUCAACGGCACUUGGGUUUCAGGAAAUGAUGUACUCUUUCGAAAUCAGUAUGGAGACUUGGUCAUGUACGAUGUGGAUACGGAUAGCACUACUAUCCUCAUUUCCAAUUCAUCACAGAUACUGCAGCAGUCUUUAAGAGUGACAGAAUUGUCGCCAGACGGCAGCCAUGUAGUGCUAGCUUAUAAUGUAGCCCCGGUAUACAGGUAUAGUUUCUUAGCCCGAUAUGCGGCUGUUAACAUCGUCACUAGCGAAGUUGUCGAGAUUCUGCCUCCCAAUAUCGAAUCUGAAGAAGCUUUCCUGCAGAACUUCGUGUGGGGUCCAUCUGGAACAUCUUUAUCUUUCAUAUACCUUAAUAACAUCUACUAUCAGGCUAGCUUGAACAGCACUUCACAACAAAUCACAACAAACGGACAGGUUAAUGUUAUUUAUCACGGAAUACCUGAUUGGGUUUAUGAAGAGGAAGUUUUCUCAUCAAAUAAUGCCCUCUGGUUUUCCAAAGAUGGAAGUAAGAUAGCAUACGCCACUUUUGAUGAUACCAACGUGCGUGUUAUGAAAGUGCCUCACUAUGGUGUGCCAGGAUCCGUGGAUUACCAAUACACUCAACAUCACGAGAUACGUUAUCCAAAGUCCGGCACCACGAAUCCAACAGUAAGAGUGACCAUUCGUGACAUCACCAGCGGCAAUGAGUCUGUUUUUAACGCUCCCACCGACCUUAACGAGCCAAUAUUGAAGACGGUGAAUUUCGUCAACAACAAUACGAUUGCUAUAAUGUGGACGAACCGUGUUCAGACCACAUUCCAAGUUAACCUCUGCACGGAGAAUGGAGGCAACUGCUCACAAAUUUAUCAAUACACAGAAACCAAUGGUUGGAUAGACAACAUUCCUCUGUUAUUUAAUGAAGCCGGAACCUCGUUUAUAACUAUACUUCCGCAGACCGUGAACAACACAUCAUACAAGCAAAUUGUACAGAUAUCAGACACAAAUGCAAACUUAUGGACUGGCACCGGUCGUACCAAUACACCACACACAGUUGUCGAGGUUCUUUUGUGGGGCCCAGGUGAUAUAAUUUGGUACAAAGCGACGCACGUGGACGAUUCUGCGGAACAGCACAUUUACACAGUUAACGCUGAACGGGUGGUGACGUGCUUCACGUGCGGCAUCGUCAGAGAUGACGGCGGAGAGUGUUUGUACAAUGAAGCAACCAUCAGUACGGAUGCCUCGCGGAUAGUUGUCAACUGCGCUGGACCGAGUUUACCUAAAAUACUUAUAUAUGAUGUUAACGGUACUCUGAUCAAAACGUGGGAUGACAAUGCGGAGACGUCUUCCAUGUUAGCCAGUCAGACUCUACCUUCAAUUUUGAGAAUGAGCGUCCCUGUAGCCACCGGCCUGCCAGACGCUGAUGUCCAUAUCCAAGUUCCGCACGAUUACCAAUCGCGCAACAACGUACCUUUAUUAGUUUACGUAUACGGUGGACCAGAUACUGCUUUAGUUACGAAGCAGUGGAGUAUCGACUGGGGAACAUCUCUCGUAAACCGCUGGGGUAUUGCAGUAGCCCACAUCGACGGGCGAGGUUCUGGCCUACGUGGAGUCGAAAACAUGUUUGCUCUAAACCGACGUCUGGGUACUGUGGAAAUCGAAGACCAAAUAACAGUCACUAGACAGCUUCAGCAACAGCUCUCGUGGCUAGAUAGCAACCGCACUUGUAUUUGGGGUUGGUCUUAUGGUGGAUACGCUGCAUCAUUAGCACUAGCUAGAGGAGGAGAUGUCUUCCGUUGUGCUGCUGCAGUUGCUCCGGUUGCCGAUUGGAGAUUCUAUGGUAUAAUAUAA